UAGAGUGAGAGCCAUGAGGAGGUCCUAGAGUGAGAGGCUAGAGAGAGCCUCCUCAAGUGAUGAGAGAGAGAUCCUUGAGGAGGGCUAUUGAGUAAGAGAAGGCCUCCUCUAGAGAGGGAUGUGAGAGUGAAGUAGUCUCAUACAAAGAGUGAUGUGAGCUACUCGUUUACUUGUAAAAUAUCUCUUGUACAUUUCAAUUGUAUAAUACAAAGUGAUAUUGUUAGAUUGAAUCUUUGUGUUACAAGUGGGUGGGUAAAUGUACAAGAGUCCUUUGAGCUGGUGAUCCUGGAAGAGGUCGGUGGUCGUGUAUUCCCCAACAUAUAGAUACUACAUAGAUGUCUAAAUCAUGUCUUGAAAUGUAGCUUAGUUUAAUGUUUUUUUAUAUGAAAUUGGUCCAAGCUGUUGUGUUCAUUGCUUAAGCAUAAUAGGAUCUGAUUUUAAUAUACUCUCAUGCCACAUUAAACUGUGCUGCUUCACAAAAGAUCAACAUAGUAGCAAUAGUAUGCCAAUAUAUGUUAGUUCGUGCUUUAUAUUCUACGAUGUAAUUUGUCUUAUUGAAUGUAAUGCAAUGUAAUAAAAUGCUUAUGUAGUGUAAUUUUUAUUUUAUUGAAGUGUUGUCAAACCAGAGGCAAUCAUGGCAUUUUAUGGGGAAGAGGCCAUUUCUUUUAUGGAACAAGCUCUACAACAAGCUAAGUUUGCGUUAGACAGCCUUGAAGUGCCGGUAGGUUGCAUCAUCGUAGAGGAUGGUGAGGUCAUUGCUUCGGGAAGGAACCGAACCACAGAGACAAGAAAUGGCACUAGGCAUGCUGAGAUGGAAGCCAUUGAUCAUCUACUUGAGAAAUGGAAGAAACGUGGAGUUUCACCGGGUGAAGUUUAUGAAAGAUUUUCAAAAUGUGUGCUUUACGUAACAUGUGAACCAUGUAUAAUGUGUGCAGCGGCCCUUUCUUACCUUGGAAUUAAAAAAACUGUUUAUGGAUGCUCAAACGAUAAGUUCGGUGGUUGUGGAUCGAUAUUGUCAUUGCAUGCCGGGGUUGGAGCGGCAAAUAAGGGCUUUGAAUGUGUUGGAGGUGUGAUGGCAUCUGAAGCAAUAUCUCUUCUGCGCAGCUUCUACGAACAAGGAAAUCCAAAUGCGCCCAAACCUCACAGACCGCUGAAACAAAUGAACACAUGAUGUUCUUCAUAAUGUGUCGAUUCAGCCUUUGGGCUGAGGGGGAUUGUCAGCCCCUUUUUAUAGAAAUUGUAAUGAGUCCCUGAUGGUUUCUUUCACUUGAUCAUGAAAAGGCAAUUGUUCUCUUACCUCUGUGUUGCAUGUCCAUGUUAUUAGACAACAAAUAUCAUAUUACUCACAUUUGAGGCAAUGCUCUUUUUGAGUGGCGUAUGAUUAGACUUCGGGCACUUGUCAAUUAAUAAUUUGAAGAGGCAACCCAAAGUUA